AUGCGCGAGUCAAACUACACCCAGCCACAGUCGAACCGCGCCGUCAUCAGCAUCACCCAGAUGAUGUAUGACCGACGAGCCCUCGACACCAACUCGACCUUGGCGCUGCUCAACAACCUAUGCCAGUUGACGUACUUAACGUCGACAUCGCCAAGGAUACGAGAGGUCUUGACCAUGGACGGCGGUCUCGAACGCAUGCUCGACAUCUUACGUGAAUCCUGCCUUCCUCGCGAACCAACGUUGUCCGACAUGUGGGGCCUGAAUGGGCCGUGCACGGCAAGAACCAUCAAUGUCGACCGAGCUAUCUCGUUACGCCACUCGCUCGCGUUCCAAUGUGUGGUCAACAUUGGCAUCCGGGGUAACGAGGCGAUCCGCACGCGAGUCGUCCAGGCAGGUGCAUUAGACGUCGUGGCGCAGAUCCUCGAGUCUUGGCUCAAAAAGAACGGUAUCGCAGUUUUAUCCUCGUCGGUGGGCAGCCAAGCCUCGGCCGACGCUCUAGAUUCGGGUGCGCAAUUACCUGGCGUCGAAGCUCGUUCUCGGCGCCGCCAGGGAUCCUCACGGCAUAGUGGGCCGAGCAGCUCGCACAAUCCCUCGGCUUCCGCGCGGGAGUCGACCGCCCAGUCAUCUCACAAUGCUCCGCCGCCACCAUCUCAACCCUCAAUAGCCGCCGCAAACGCCACUUCCCACCCACCAACAUCACAUGCGCCCGCUCCAACUGCACACGCAACACCACCGCAGGUCACCGCUCCCGCUCCCUCUCAACCUCUUGCCAUUCCCCCAGGCCCAUUUGGUACCGGCGCCCCCUCACGAGGGUUAGGACAGUUGAUGGUCAACCUGCUUGCCAACCGUUUGCAGAACCGCCAGCCGCAGCAGGAUGCGCAACCGCCUCAGGCCCCGACGCGGGGUCAGACUGGCUCGUCUAUCGACACGGACGUGGACAUGGCCGACGCCGAGACCGAGGAAGGUGGCGAGACCGACACGGCUGGUGGCGACACGGACACUGGUGCGGACAUGGCAAUGGACGUCGAGCCAGACAACGAAGCAGGACCCAGCGUGUCAACCACAACACCACGUGCGCGCUUGACUGUUCUCCCCAUGCAGAUCCCACGGCGGUCACCCGAACCCGUGAGUGAAGCGGCUAGCGCGGCAACCAGCAAUGCGGCGUCGCUCUCUGGCGACGAGCCUCCAGCUAUCCCUCGCGCUCGAUCCGAUAACAGUCUCGCCACGAACGCCGCGGUUCAGGCCGCGGCAGAGUCGGGUCGUCCUGCAUCCGGGAUGGCACGGCCGGCCCAACUUGGUGCGGGCCCCGGCCAGUCGUUGAUGCAUGGGGUCGAGCAUGUCGAGGGCAUGCGGGGACGUCGCGGGACUGUGGUCGGACGACCUCUGCUGGCCACGCGCGAGCAGCAGCGCGUAGCGGACGAGAGCGAGGUCUCUGACCACAUGCCGGAGACGGACCUGGCACAAGUCAACGCUCUCGCGGCAGCUGCGAACGCUGCCAUGGAGGCGGCGGCCGCUGUCCCCAACCAGGAGACGGGACCGCAGCCAGCCAUUGUCGAUGGCCUCGCAGGCCUGGCAAACGACGAGCCUGACCCGGACGUGCUGGCAGCUGAGCAAGCACGGUUCGACAUGGAGGCAGGCGCACCGCCAGGCCAGCCAGGUGCUGCCCAGACUCCCCGCAUGACGAACACAGACAUGCAGCAGCAGCCUACAGAGCUUGCGCCCCAGGUUCCACCAGCUCCACCAGCCCAGAUCAUCAUCGCAAAUACCGCGCCCCGGGGUUUCCAGGACCUGGCGUCAUACGUUGGCGUGUCCCUUUUGCUCAAUCCAGAGGGCACAAACUACUCGGAGGACAACAUCUUAUUGGCCCUGCAGCUCUUGGCAUAUCUCUCCAAGUACCCCCACGUUCGCGCGACAUUCCACCACCCCAGGUGGCCGAUGCACCGCACCUUUGACCUGGUUCACGACGAUGAGAACCCCCUUCCCGAGCGCCCCAACUACUCUGACACACCCAACAUCUUCUCCCUCGUGGAGAGAUUCACGUUCCGCCCUUCACCAUCCGACCCGCUCAUGUUCCGCAUUCCCAAUGAGAUCCAGUACUGGGCCGGCGUCAUCAUGCGGAACGCGUGCCGCAAGGACGACGCGCAGGGCGGUAUCCGGCAGUGCGCGUACAUGUCGUGUGGACGCUGGGAGAAGUUCCCACGCGAGUUUGCCAAGUGCCGCCGCUGCCGCAAGGCCAAGUACUGCAGCAAGGAAUGCCAGAGCAAGGCGUGGAGUGAGGGGCACCGUUUCUGGUGCAGCUUACGCUCUGAGCCUGAGCCUUCGGCGGACGCCAACAGUGGCGCCAAUGGGGCCGCUGGUGGCGGCGCAGGCGGAACCGGCCGUCGCGACCCUCCGCCCCGCCGUGACAAUGCGGGCGGCGACGGCGACGUGGACAUGGCUGACGGGGACGCUGUGCAGCAGACCCCACGUGCUGCAGCACGUCACCACACGCACACCGCUGUGCCGCCGGUCGUGUCGGUCGCCGACACGACACCUCCGCCUGCUGGAGCGAGCAUGCCAACUCUGCGGCGCGUCACUCCUAUGCGCCGUCCAUUCGAGUCUCUCUCGCUGUCGGACGAACGCGAGCGUGCGCGCCUGGCGAUGCCAGUCCCGAACUCGGGCUCUGCUACGCCGCCAGUCCCGCGCCCACUACCUGCGUUCCUUAAGCUCGGCCAGCCCGGCGGCCCGAGCAGCACGGCGGAGAUGAAUGCGGCGAUGGCGCGCCCGAGCCGUGCGCGUUCGGCGACGCCACAGAUGGGCAAUGCGUGGUAG